AUGAACUUCCCGGUCACGUCGACUUACUUCGUGCCCCCAGGGGCCAGCGGAGUAAGUGCUGAUGGCACCGAGCUCCUCAACGAACCGUGGAGACAGUGUGUUCCGGAGAUCCCAUCCUGGCAGCAGCGGCUUCCACCAUACGGCCUUGAUCCUUAUGCAGAGAUCCGCAAGCUUGCAUGUCUGCCCAGACCGACAAAGGAGGUGGAGGCAGAAGGGGCCUGUUUUGACGGCAGAAACCUGCAAACGCUGACCACAAAGGGUACAGACUCUCUUCAAAACUCAGCCUUUCUUAACAAUGGGUUUCAGAAAUAA